AUAUAUCUUCUCCAGUGACGUAUCUGAAGUUUGCAAUUAUUUUCCUCCAUUGUAAGAAAUAGCAUUUAAGUCUAUGAGUGAGUUUUAAAUCCUCUUAGGUCAAACAAGCACUUUCUUUUCGUAAAGAAUCGGAUGUGAACAUGUUGGUAUUAAUUUAUGGUAGAAUGUUAUUACAUGACAUAUCAAAUUCUUUCUUUCUUUCAGUGACAGAAUUUCCACUGCCACUUCGAUCUUCUUCGGUGCUAAUAACAGAACAUUAAAAAUGAAAGUAUGCAGUUCUCAUUGCACUAUUGGUUUGUAGCCAUGCGAUUAAUAAGUGUACGGAACCUCUGCACUUUUAAAAAUAAAAAAAUGUGAUUACACGUAAUCAAGCUCAUUAUACACUUGAUACUUGAUGUUGGUCAUACGGAUAUUGCAUUCUUGGCUCUGUGGACUGCAACACGCCACCUGCAUUACGUUGAAUAACUGUUCUGAAGGAAACAGACCGGGGGAAGAAUAACAUAUGCUGGAAUACUGUGACAUGGGAGUGUAGUUGAAUAUGUAAUUGGGUCACCAAUUACAAAUCCCAUUAUCUGGUUCGAGUUCAGUUGUCAGUGACUGCUAAUGUGGAAUACAUUUCAAGCUUAGCAAGAUUUCAGUAGAAAGUAUCAAUUUUCAUUAAUUAAAAUCGGAAUUGGAGAAUAGUUCAUUAAUAAAGAUCGAUCGUUAUCGUCAUGCCUGGUGAUCAAGAAAUUAUUAAGAAACAAAAAACGGAUUUCUAUGCCUCUACAUCAGCAUGGGCUCUUCAAGUUGCAACAAAUGUGACUGAGCAGAAACAUCAUGUGUCACGAGAUAAGAGAGGUCAAAUUCUGGGCAACCUUCGAGGCUUCCGGGGUUGUACAGUUUGGUUUACAGGUUUGUCAGGUGCUGGUAAAACGUCAAUAGCCUUUGAGUUGGAGGCUUUCUUGGUUUCACGUGGUAUCCCUGCUUACGGACUCGAUGGAGAUAAUAUCAGAACAGGCCUCAACAAGAAUCUCGGCUUCUCCAAGGAAGAUAGAGAAGAAAAUAUCAGACGAGUGGCAGAGGUGGCCAGACUGUUUGCUGACAGUGGAGUUGUCUCUCUCUGCAGUUUUGUUUCUCCAUUUGCAGAGGACAGAGAAAUGGCACGAAAGAUUCAUAAAGACAGUGACCUUCCAUUCUUUGAGGUAUUUGUGGAUACACCACUAAAUGUAUGUGAGCAGCGUGAUGUGAAGGGGCUUUAUAAGAAGGCGAGGCAAGGCAGUAUUAAAGGUUUCACUGGUGUGGAUCAAGCUUAUGAAAAGCCAGAGACUCCAGAUCUCGUAGUGAAGACUGUGGAGUGCACAAUUGAAGAGAACAUGCUGCAAGUGGUUGAGAUGCUGGAGGAAAAUGGAAUUAUUCCUACAACUCUGCGUUCAGCUGAUAUGGUAGAAGAACUUUUUGUGCCGGAGAACCGUGUGAAAGCAGCUAAAGAAGAGGCACUGCAUUUGCCAUCACUGGAGAUUACAACAGUUGAUCUGCAGUGGUUGCAGGUGCUUGCCGAGGGCUGGGCCACUCCUUUGAAGGGAUUCAUGAGAGAGGAUCAGUUCUUACAGGCUCAGCAUUUCAACUGCCUUCUUGAAGGAUCUGGUGUGAAUCAGUCCGUUCCAAUAGUGACGGGAUUAUCAUCAUUUACUCUAUGCUAUAAUGGUCAGUGUGUGGCCAUCUUACGUAAACCAGAGUUUUACCCUCAUCGUAAAGAAGAGAGAGUCUGCAGGCAGUUUGGCACAUGUCACAAAGAUCAUCCAUAUAUCAAGAUGAUCUAUGAGAGUGGGGAUUGGCUGGUUGGUGGUGACAUUGAAGUCUUGGAGCGUAUAAGGUGGGGUGAUGGGCUGGACAGCUAUAGGCUCUCCCCCAAUGAGCUCAGAGCCAAAUUUAAAGAAAUGGGAGCUGAUGCUGUGUUUGCUUUCCAACUGAGAAACCCCAUCCACAAUGGGCAUGCUCUCCUAAUGCAGGAUACUAGGCGACGUCUGUUGGAAGAAAAAUGUUUUAAGAAGCCAGUCCUCCUACUUCAUCCUCUAGGAGGAUGGACAAAAGAUGAUGAUGUACCGCUGCCAGUUCGCAUGCAGCAGCAUCAAGCUGUUCUUGAGGAGGGAAUCCUUGACCCACAGAACACUCUUCUUGCCAUUUUUCCUUCACCUAUGCAGUAUGCUGGGCCUACUGAGGUACAGUGGCAUGCAAAAGCUCGCAUGUGUGCAGGUGCCAACUUUUAUAUAGUCGGAAGAGACCCAGCAGGCCUGCCACACCCUGACAAGGAUUUGAAAUGUGAUUUGUACGAUGCCACACAUGGAGCCCGUGUGUUGAGCAUGGCGCCUGGGCUGAACACACUAGAGAUCAUUCCAUUUAGGGUUGCUGCUUAUGACAAGACAGUAAACCAAAUGGCCUUCUUUGAUCCUCAGAGGAAACAAGAUUUUGAGUUCAUCUCUGGAACAAAAAUGAGAGGCUUGGCUAGAUCUGGUCAACUACCACCUGAUGGUUUUAUGGCACCCAAAGCUUGGAAGGUCCUUUCGGGAUACUACCAGUCUCUACAGAACAAUUAAUUUCGUUCAUUAAGUGCAUGUGAGAAGCAGAAGUACUGCAAGAAAAAUCUUGAGUUACCUUACAAGAAAAGUAUUGCAUUUUACUUCAGUUACAAGUAAGGAACAUACAUGCACUGGCAUUUAUGGAAAUUAAGAAAAUGUAAACAUAUGUUAUUAUUAUAAAAAAGGGUUAAAAUCCUGCAAAAGCUUACACUUUGUUUAUACAGAAUGAAAGUUUUAAACUUGAAUCUUAUGUAUAUUCUACAAAGAGACACUCACAGUAUUUCUUGUUAUUACUUGUUAUUCCAUUACUUUGUUAGUUCGGUAUUUGUUCUGCCUGUAGUUUAGCUUUUGUUUCACACUUAAUCUAGCCUAAUUGUAAUUAAUUUCAUAAUCAGUGGAUAUUCACUGUUGAUUCAAUGAUGCAUUGUACGCUAUCACAAAGAAUCGGAGGGGAGUUAUACACACACAAACACAAGGUGAGUGUAGGAAUUGUAAAGAUGAAUUGAAUUAAUGGCACAGAGUAAUAAUAAAGUACUAGUUAUUUUUCCUUGUUUCAUAAAGAUGAUGAUAAGUAAGAUUUGAGGUUUUCACAGCGGUGAGUAUGAAGAUUUCUGUCUUCUGGGUUGUUGCGCUGUGUAAUCUGGUCGAUGUUUACCAACGUUUCUGAGGACAUACUGCCUCCGUCAUCAGGGCGAUGAAUCGACCAGACUACACAGUGCAACAACCUAGAAGACAAAAAUCUUCAUGAUAAUAAGUAAUCAUAACAUCUACUGUGUAUAGAUUUUUGGCAGAUUUACUAUAAAUAACUGCAUGUUUUACAUUUGGAAAUGAAGCAGGAUGAAAUGGAGCAGUGGAAUUUAAAAAGUAACCACUGUGACUCCAAUGAUACGGUUAGGAUUAUCUUUCUCAUCUACUUCAUUUUUAUCAUCCUUUGAUUAUUAUACAUCUUGACCAAAGCCUCAUAAAACAAGUUAGGAAAUGACUGAAUCAGCUCAAGAUAUAUUUGAAUUUGGAUAAUAAUAUACAACCUCUAUAAAUCUGUGGCCGAUUUAUAGAGGUCCGCUUGGUCGGCCCCCUGCUCGUUGGGCAGACUCUCUUGCCGUCGAGUAUAACAUCAGGAAUUUACAUGGUCAUACCACCAGACACUGGUCUACCCGAGCACGUGAUAGAGAGGAAUGGAGGAGAUGCUGGGACCCGCGCGCGAGCUGAUGAACGGGUUGUUUAAGUGCUAUAAAUCUGACAUCAAAAGCAGUGAAAUGUGCCUGAGAUUCAGUUAUCUAUAAGAGAUGUAGUAUAUUAUGUUGAAAUUCUGACAUUCCUUCUAGCUUUUCUGCAUUUUGUCUAUUAAUCCAUUACAGGUGGUAUCCAUAUGCUAUGCAGCUUCAGUACUGUAUAUAAUGGUACUGCUGUAUAUGAGCAUUGUAGUUAUAGUUGGCGCAGUAGUUUUUGGCCGGUGGAAUUUUGAAGGGGAAGGCUAGGAGCGAGUCGUUUGUGCGAUAGUAUAAUGCUGACUGCACCGAGGAGCUUAUCGGACUGAACGCCCAAACAAAAGAAAUACACUGACCGUGCCACCUCAGGUACACAGAGUAGGCCCGUCCGCCAGCUUCUCCACCAGCCAAAAACCACUGCGCCGACUAUACAAAUGUUUUGAUUUUAUUCAUGUUGGGCUUCAAUUAUUUUGGGGCCUUUAAGAUUGUCAUUGUACACUCUUUUGCUAUCCCCCCCUUUUUUUUUGCUUAUCCACGGUUUUAUCUCAGUAUCAUGAGUAGCGUAGAAUUUGAGGUUUUCACGACGGUGAGUCUGAAGAUUGCCGUCUUCUGGGUUGUUGCACAAUGUAGUCUGGUAGAUGUUUACCGACGUUUCAGAGGUCAUUUUUGCCUCCAUCAUCAAGGUGAUGAACCCAGAAGACAGCAAUCUUCAUCUAAGUAGCAUCAAUAUUCUAUGUAUGGCCAUGAUAGAAACUGCUGUACAGACCCAUAGAGUUCCAUGCACAGUUUCAUUGAUUUCCCUUACCUUUUAGACUCUGGGGACUACAGAUUAAGGUUUCUCAUGGUGUGUCACUCAGAAAAUCUAUGGGCAUUUAUAUGUUUCCAGUUAUUUAUAUACACAGUGAUUCGCAUGAAUGCAUCCCCCACAUAUGAUGAGUUACCUGUAUGUGACUGGCAGAAAUUAUCCCAAUAACAUUGCAGCCUGUAGUGUGUUUCUGUUGCAUCAAAGAAUUGCAGUUAUUUGUGAGUAAAUUAACACUGUACUGUGUGUUGAACUGUAAUUUGUCUCUGAUUAAUGUAAAAUUAGAAUUAAUUGUAAUUGCAAUCCAUGUGAAAAAAGUAUUUAGCAUCUAAUCCCUAAUGUCAAUUGUUGUUUUUAACCAAAAACUACAAAUUUUAAUUAUUUGAAACUUGAAAUGUGAAAUACUAUAAUAACGCACAUGAUUAACAUAUUCUUUGCUGGUAUUUAAAUUCACUCUACAGUAUAAAUGCCUAAUGCUAAGGGGUGGGUUUUUCAACUGUGUGAAUAUAUAUAUAUUGCAAUUUUCUGUAAAGAAAAAUAAAGAAAUUUUAUGGAGUGGC